GUUUCAAAACUUUUCCAAGAGACAAGGAAUAAAGUAGUUAAGUAUCUUUACUAUUUUAUUUUAAAUCCUAACUGUCUGUUAAAUUUGUUGACUUUUGGUAAUGUAUUGUAAGUAACAUUCCGUAUUCCAAAGGAAAUCUCCCCAACUACCUGGGUAGUGAGUGACAUCACAGCGGUCUUAUUGCCAAGAGUCCGGAAGAACAAGAACAACAACAACAUCCCCGUUAAUUAUUAUUCCCUCUAGCUCUUCCCUCGCCAGUUAACACGGACUUGCUAGCGGUACUACUAUCACAAAGAAAUUAAAAUGGUUACCUUCAACCUAUCCUAUACGGCUCCGAUCAACCCUUCCGACGCCUCACCCACCCUUACGCUUCCCCAGGUAUGGGCAGGUCUACAGCGCAAAGUGCGACGUGCACAGGACUUCGUGCCCAUCAUCGAAGAGUGCAACGUGCUAUCCGAAGAGAAAUCGCAAGAGACAGGAAACCUAACUGUCAUACGCGAGGUCCGGUUCGCGGCGGGCAAAGAGCCGAAUAGUGCUAGCGGGGGCGGCCUGGUCAAGGAGACGUGUGUACACUAUCCGCCAUGCCGUGUCGACUUCGAACAACCGGACGGAAGCAAUAUCUCGAACAUCGUCAGCGAAGGGCCCGAUGGCGAGUUGUUUAUGACGUACGCAUUCGAGUGGAGAUAUCCUGGUGUCGAGAAAGGGAGUGAGGAGGCUAAAAAGUUGGAGGAGAGAAGCUGGAAGACAGCUAAAGUGGCUGUUCACGGUAGUAUUGAUACUAUUCGUCGAUUAGUUAAAGAUGGCGAGCUAUAGUAGUAGGUACCUGAUUACCCCUAUUCGGGUUUAAGGGGCGGGGUUACGAGUUACAAUAUCCAAAUGAGUCUACUUCUUGCGCAACACCAACAGGGUAAUAAGAAAGAAAAUAAGAAGCCAGAAAAGUUGUAUAUUCGCCAUGCUCCGGGUAUCAUAACCAGCCCCAACCAUCUAUGCAGAUUGACCUCUAAUGCUACCAAUUUCCUGAAAGCCAAAC